CAGUAGCAGAAUUGAACGUCUUACAAGACAGCGAUGGCUUUUUCUCUAGAAUUUGAAUAUGGAGGCCACAGGGACAGAUGAAGUAGAAAAGAUAAAAUCAAAGUUUAUGUCUGCUUGGCACAACAUGAAAUACAGUUGGGUGUUGAAAACAAAAACUUACUUCAGUAGAAACUCUCCAGUCUUUCUGUUGGGAAAAUGUUACCACUUCAAAACUGAUGAAUCUGGUGAACUCUGUACAGAUGGGUCCAAUUUUGAUCAAAUCAACAUGGAGAUUUCAGGAAAUGUUGAGGAGUUUCGUAAGGAUUUUAUUUCUAGAAUAUGGCUGACAUACAGAGAGGAAUUUCCUCAGAUUAAGGGGUCUGCAUUAACAACAGACUGUGGUUGGGGCUGCACCCUGAGAACAGGUCAGAUGCUGUUGGCUCAAGGUCUUACACUUCAUUUUCUUGGUCGAGCCUGGGUCUGGCCAGAUGCACUGGACAUUGACAGUUCAGAGUCUGAAUCCUGGACAGCCCAUACAGUGAAAAAGCUGACAGCGUCAUUCGAGGCAUCGCUGACGGCAGAGAGAGAACCCAAGAUCCUGCCCAAUCAUCAUCGGGGAUCAGUGAAGAGAAACUGGGAUGACAAUGAAAUGAGAAAUGAGUUUUAUCAUAGGAAAAUAAUUUCUUGGUUUGGCGACUCUCCACGGGCAGCUUUUGGGUUACAUCAGCUCAUAGAAUAUGGAAAGAAGUCUGGAAAAAUGGCGGGAGAUUGGUACGGGCCUGCAGUGGUUGCACAUAUUUUAAGAAAAGCUGUUGAAGAAGCAAGAGACCCUGAGCUACAAGGAGUAACAGUCUAUGUUGCUCAGGAUUGUACAGUCUACAGUUCAGAUGUUAUUGACAGACAGUGUUCUUCUGUGGGUUCUGGAAAAGCAGACACAAAAGCUGUAAUUAUAUUAGUUCCAGUGAGACUUGGUGGAGAGAGAACAAACAUGGACUACUUAGAAUUUGUAAAGGGAAUUUUAAGCCUGGAAUAUUGUGUUGGUAUUAUUGGUGGCAGACCCAAGCAGUCAUAUUAUUUCACUGGAUUUCAAGAUGACAGUUUGAUUUACAUGGAUCCUCAUUACUGCCAAUCUUUUGUAGAUGUCAGCAUAAAGGAUUUCCCUCUUGAGUCAUUCCACUGUCCUUCUCCCAAAAAGAUGUCAUUCAAAAAAAUGGACCCGAGCUGCACAAUAGGAUUUUACUGCAGCACCGUGCAGGACUUUGAGAAGGCUUCUGAAGAAAUAACCAAGAUGCUGAAAUCUUCAUCUAAGGAGAAAUAUCCCUUGUUUACUUUUGUAAAGGGUCAUUCUAAAGACUAUGACUUUGCUUCCAGUCCACUCCGUGAAGAAAAUGACCUUUUCUCUGAGGAUGAAAAGAAAAGAUUAAAAAGAUUUAGUACAGAGGAGUUUGUCUUGCUUUAAGGACGUUUUACACAAGAUUAUUGGCAGCUGUCCAGGAGAACACUUGCUUUUUAAAAAACAAAAGAUAAAAAAUUGGAUCUGUCCUCCUCCCCCAGGAAGGCAAGCUUGUGCUGAAAUUGGUCUAUUUUCAUAAAGAUGAUAAUAUUUUAUAUGUUAAUAGUCUUUAAAAUGUCAUUUAUAAAUGUACUUACUAAUUAAUUUUGUUCACUGCUAGUUGGAUGAGUUGAAUGUCACGUUGUGCU